UCAAGGAAAAAAAUUCCAACUCCUAGACCAAUGGCCUCAACAGCACAAUUAGUUGAAGAGUUCUUGACCCCACUCUCGGCGGAUUCAUCUCUGACGAAUAAUCCUCCAGCUGUGACUUCAAACCACCCAUCGAUUAACGAUGAAGGACGAGAGGAGGACACUAAAGCAGAUAUCAAAAUGACACCCCCCUCGCAAUCAAUGCCCUCAUCUGAUACUAGCGUUGUGGAGACAUCGAUGAGCCCGACACCAAAUUCUUCAUUGGCACCGUUCAGCGAUUCAAGACCACCUGAAUCACCGGACAUGAAAUUUGCACGAACGCGGUUGGGUCAUUUGUUGAGUGGUAUUCGAACGGGUGAAAUCCAAACCAAUGCACAGCCAACAAGAGGAACUCGACGAUUGUCCAGUGAUUUAUUAGCAACCAAAGACAUAAUGGCACUACCUGCACCUCUUGAUGAACCUAUGGCAGACCCGAUCCCUCCGCCAAUCUCUCAGAUCCCUUCACCCGAUCUCGACGUCAGUAAUCCAAAUGCUCUCCUUGGUGAUCUUCUACCUCAUUGGAAGGCUGUUAAGAAAAACUGGUGUGACUAUACGAAAAUACGUGACAGAAGAUACGAGAAGAGUAUACGACUGCUGGAAACAGUUUACGGUAUUCAGCAGAAUGUUCUCUGA